AUUUCGAACAACAGGGGCCUCAUGAAAAUAAUAAUCUGUCACACAUUAGAAUCUCCUUUGAUAUUCCCUUUUUUUUUCGUCUGUUUGGAUCCUCGAAAUAGAUCCGCUUAAUGCUGUUAAUGAUGUUGCCCGGAAAGACUGCCUAAUAAAUUUGCCUUGAACAAUUUUUUUCCAGCUGUGUUUCAUUACUACAAUGUAAGAUAAUGAAAAAGUUUGAUUUCGUCAGGACAGUCAACACCGAUGAUGGAGAUACUGAACAUCAAAGUUCUCGAUCAAUCUAUUGUUGCUUUUGACAUUCACAAUCCAGUUUAAUUUUCAAAGUUUUCAUAAACAAACCUAGUCAGUAAUAAGCAAACAAUAGAAAUGGUAUUCAUUAGUUUGGUACAAACUGGUAUGUAAAUAGAUUCGAGUCACUCUGCGGCCAAACAGCGGCAAGGAGACGGUCCUUCAGAGAAAAAAAAUAUAUUUAUCCUCUAGUUUUGCCUGAUAAAUUUCCUUAUUUGAGCACGUAUCGACGUCAUCGCGGUGUAUUUUUGUUUCAUUUCCUGCGGCAUUUAUCUUCUCUAUAUAUAGCACGUCAAUCUCGCUUUUCUCGCACUUUCUUCACGCUAUCAUCGAGGAAGGCUUAUCGAAUAUAACAUCCUGCUGAGGAACAAACGUAAGUGAGCUGUCAACCAUUUUUGGAUCACUAAACACACUUUGAAGGAAAUCGACCUCUAAAACUCUUGGGGCUGGGACACAGCUUGCAACUGAAGAGGUUUCAGUGUCAGGAAAAACCUGACUCUAAAAGUAACUGAAAAAAUUCAAUAUAAAAAGGUUCAACUUCACCCACAGAAAAAACGCGUUUGUCAACAUGGAAGACAAUGUUUCUCAACCGCACUUUCCCAACGCAUUGAGCAAUCGAUCAACUUUUCAGAUAGCCGUGGAUGUUGCACCUCUCCUCGUUAUAAACCUGGCCGCUCUUUUUGGAAACGUACUUUUAUGCAUUGCAUUCUUUAAGAACAAUAACCUACGGUCAGUGACAAAUAUAUUUGUUUUGACACUGGCGGUGUGUGAUAUCUCAAUGUCCAUUACAUCCAUGCCUCUGUCAGAAAGUGCUCUUAUUGCUGGAGAAUGGAUCUUUGGGGAAUUCCUCUGCCACUUUCAAGGAUUUCUGACCCUCUUUUUGGCAUUCCUUUCGCUUCAGAUGAUGGCAAUGACAGCUGUAAAUCGCUACUAUCGAGUUUUAAAGCCAGAUUUGUACAAAAAAGUCUUCACGACCGGCUACACUUCUCUGAUGAUAAUCGCAGCUAGUUUACUAUCACUGGGAAUCCUAAGCAGCGUAACAUUUGGGCAGCAUGGCAACUUAUUCAUUUUUCACCCUGGAAAGACCAUCUGCGUUAACGUGUACCGUAGCAUGCUGACAGCACAAGUAUACACCAUUGUUUCUAGCGCCUUGUUCGUAUUACUGCCUGCUGCAGUAAUCGUAUGGUGCUAUGUGAAGGUGUUCACUGGAAUACGAAAGCACUUCCGUCGACUGGCCACUCGGAAGAUGUCAAGGGCCUCUCUCAACAGCCUUAAUCCAGCAGAGAUUGUUGUCACCCGCACCCUGUUUGCAAUUGUCUUGGCUUUCUUCCUUUGUUGGAUACCAUGCAUUGUCAUAGAUCUAAUGGAUAUUAUGAGGAACAAAUGGUUCGACCGACGGAUGUACUUGGCUUACACCUACUUUGCUUACAUCUCAAGUGCCGUAAACCCCUUCAUAUAUGGCGUGAUGAACAGGUCUUUCCGAGUGGAAUUUCUAAAACUUUUGAGAUGCCGUUUAAAAAAUUAAAAGCGGCUAGAGUGAACAACACUUAGAGAGGCAAUGCACCAAAAAUAAGUGAACUUGUGCAGCAGAGUAGGAAGAAGUUCAACCCUGGAGUAGAAGAGAUGACACUUUCAUUCUUUUUGUAUCGAAUUAUCAACGCGCAUCUUUAAUAUUUCUGCAUUAAUCACAACAAGCGACGGGCAAUUUUAUCAUUGGUUUUAUUAUGGUUAGAAAAUUUUCGAUAUACUUACUUUCCCAUUGACCUGAAGCAAAAUAUGAAAAAGCUAAAAAUAUAGGAAACAAUCCAAGAUAAACUUUUACCAACUGAGCGAAUUACAAGCUGACAACAUUAUUUUAGCAAAAAAAAAAAAGCAGGUAUCCCCGUGGAAAACUUGUAGCUGACGCAAAUCCUUCAUUCUUAACGUUUACAAAAUGCUAAUUCUUUCUAAAUGGUUAUUUGUACUCAGCUGAGUAUCAAAUUACUAGUAAGUUUCAACACGAGUGGUAUACUGUACUUAUAAUGCUAGAGUACGCUGGUUAUUUUUGACGAGAGGUCGCUACUCAUCAGUGUUUUAAUGUGUUCAUUUCGUGUCGAAUAGCUAGAAAGGUUUUGUAGCAAUAAAAGGUUCA